UAACUCCAAACAUCAAUCUCCCUUCCUUUUCUUCUGCUUCUGCAGACAACGAAACCAAAGAAACCAAGUCCAAUCUCUCUCUCUCUCUCUCUCUCUCGAACACAAACCCUAACUCCCAUUCCCAUGGCGGCGGCGGAGGAACUGAACACCGGCGAAUUGACGGCGGCGACCAUGAUCGACGACGCCUACGAGUUCUCCGCGCCUCGCUUCUUCGAUUUCAUCAAGGGCGAGUCCGAGGAGGACAAGCGUCGGGCCGAGCUCUGGUUUGACUCCGCCCUCACUUAUGCCCCUUCCCCUUUUAUGCCUAGAAUCAGGACCGGUAGAUCUUUCACCAUUGAAAGCUUAUGCAACUUUAGUGAAGCAGAUAGUCAGAAAGAGAACUCUAAUUCUUCAUCAGAUAAUAAAACCACUGAUACUUCAGAAACGAAGCCUCUAACUGCACUGGCCCCCACCGAGUUAAAGCAAGAAACCAAAGAAGAAAACGUUAUUGGGGUUUCUGCUGACAAGGGGUCAAACGAAGGGGACAAAGGCGACUCCAAGAGUACUCAGGAAAAAGAGAGUGCAUCAGCUACGUUAGUUUCCCCUUCGGACUUGACAAAUGAUGCGAAUAGUAAUAAAGAGAAUUGCAAACCUGUGGUUCAAGUGGCAAAAGAAGCUUACACGCCAAUUUCAUCAAUCCCAGGGACGAACUCCAAAAAGCACCAGACGGCUAAAAAGAUAGCUAGUUUGAUCAGAAAUCCAUCGGCUCUGAAGCCGAAAACAUCACAUUCCAAAAGUGCCAAGCCAUCUUCUUGUUUAAGAAGUGGAACGAAUGUGAAAAAUACUUCUGGAACUUCCAAUUUGGCUCAGGAGAAUCAGGCAAUGAAGCGACAGAAGUUGGAAGGAGGAAGAUCUAGACAGAUUCCAAGUCUCAAGCCUCCACAAGUUUUGCCCCACAAGUCAAAAUCAGGUCUUGUAACUGGCAGUUCCAACUUCUGUCCAACCACAGUUAACAGAACUCGAAAAGAGGACAGAAAGAUUUAUGUUCGAGAACAAACAGCAGCUCCAUUUGUGUCAGCGGCUGAAAUGAUGAUUAAGUUCCAAUCAAGUACCAGAGACUUGUCAUUGCCACAUGUCCCUGAUUCUUUUUUUAAGAUGAAGCCUAGACUAACAUUGACAAGGCCUAAGGAACCUGAACUCGAAACGUCUCAACGGGUUCGGUCUGUCAAGGUAAAAAGUACUGCUGAGCUAGAAGAAGAGAUGAUGGCCAAAAUUCCCAAGUUUAAGGCUCGGCCACUGAACAAGAAGAUUUUUGAAGCCCCGUCGUUACCUGCAAUACCAAGAAGUACACCCCAGCCACCUGAAUUCAAGGAAUUUCAUUUCGAGACAAUGACGAGGGCAAAUCAUAAUUUGGAAUCAGCUUCGGUAGCCUCAACAGAAGUGUCAUAUCAGGGUAAUCAAUGGAAACCUCAUCUAACUGAACCUAAGACUCCUCUACUUCACACAUCACUAAGGGCCCGCCCUGCCCAGGUGAAAAGCUCCUUGGAAAUUGAGAAGGAGGAACUUGAGAAAAUUCCUAAAUUCAAGGCAAAGCCUCUGAACAAGAAGAUAUUUGAAAGUAAGGGUGAGUUGGGUGUAUUCUGUAACGUCAAGAAACAAAUUACAAAACCUCAAGAAUUCCAUUUUGCAACACAUGAGAGGAUUCCACCACCUCCUCCUGCAGUCGUAGAUUUAUUUGACAAGUUGUCUUUGAACUCCGAGCCUCGUCAUGAACCACUUCCAAGAAUUACAACACCAAAUCCAUUCCAUCUGCACACAGAGGAAAGAGGAGCCGAGAAAGAACGGAAGUUUAUCACGGAAGUUCUGCAGAAGCAAUGGGAAGAAGAAAGAGUUAGGGUUCCCAAGGCUAACCCAUAUCCUUAUACUACUGACUACCCUGUGGUUCCAACUAAGCCAGAGCCCAAACAGUGCACAAGGCCAGAACCUUUCCAAUUGGAGAGCUUAAUGAGGCAUGAAGAGGAAAUGCAAAGAGAAAUGGAGGAAAGACAGAAGAAGGAAAAGGAAGAAGCCAAAAUGAGGAUUUUUAAGGCACAACCGGUCCUUAAAGAAGAUCCCAUUCCCGUUCCGGAAAAGGUGAGAAAGCCCCUUACACAAGUUCAAGAAAUAUCCCUUCAUGUGGAUCAUCGAGCCGUAGAUAGAGCAGAAUUUGAUCAAAAGGUCAAAGUGAAGGAAAUGAUGUACAAGAGAUACAGAGAGGAAAGCGACGCAGCAAGAAUGAUAGAGGAAGAGAAGGCGUUGAAACAGUUGAGAAGGACACUGGUUCCCCACGCAAGGCCAGUGCCCAAUUUUGACCACCCAUUCUGUCCCCAAAAGUCUUUGAGGGAAGCCACGAAAGCAAAGUCGCCAAAUUUGCGCGUACUACAGCGGAAAGAAAAGCGUAGAAUGAUGGUCAAUCCUGCCAUUUCUAGUGCUGCUGCCAAUAUGAGAUGAUUGCUUGGCUGCUGUCUCUGCUUCUGUUUUGCUCGUUCAAGACUCUUGAACGCCCGACAAGGGCUCUUUGUUUCAGUUAAUGUAUAUCAACAAUUUCUACUGACACACAAUUAGAUGUAUCCUUUUUGGCUGAAAAUGUAGUAUUCUCACCCCAUGGCACAUAUGCCCUCGUGUAAUUUAAAAGUCUAGUCCAAAGUAAUUUGAUUCAUGCCCUCCUCGUGUAAUUUAAAAGUCUAGUCCAAGUAAUUC